ACAGAGCAACAUUAUCUGCCAGACUGCCACAAGUGAUACGUGCGCAUACAAGCCAUCGUUCGCCAGCCAGCCCCUUCGACCUCUCGCUCGCCGCCGGUGUGCACAUGGAGGAGGCCUUCAUGCUCUCGCCGGAGCUCCGGGACGUGCUGGCCAAGGUGGCCGUGUUCGUACUCGUGCAGGGGCUGGUCUACCUCAUCCUCAGCAAGUCCUCCAGCGUCUUCUCCAAGGACAAGACGCUCAGGUCCCCCAGCUUCCGGCCGAUGCGGUCUAUGAGCGUGCGCCGCGUCCUGGCGCCGCUCUCCGACGUCCCCGUCGGCACCGACGAGUCGGGCUCGGCGCCUUCGCCGUCGGAUUACUCGAGAUCGUGGUCGUCGCGCCGCUGGGGCAACCGCGAGGACUGAUUACUUCUGACCACACGGGGUACCUGCCUAGCUUGGUCGUUCUGAUGAACUGGACGUAACCGGUUUGCUGCUAUUGUGGUCUGUGAUUUGAGGAUGGUGUAUCUGAACUCUCCUGUAAAUAGAAUAGGUUGGUCUUGUAGAUAUGUGUUCGUUGAGUUGAAUUGGAGGAUGGAUUAUUUGAUUCUUUGCAGUUUGUAGUAUUCUGUUACUAGCUGUCAUCAGUACAGCAUAUGCCAAUAUAUCAAUACUGAAGUAUUCAAGUGAAACUUUGUGUGCA